GCUGCUAGUCGUGGCGGCGGCGGCGGCGGCGUUUCCUCUUGCUGGAGAGCGAUGAACACAGGAGGCGAGAGCGUCUAAGGCAGCUCCUCUGCGGCGCCGGGAGGGUCCCGGUCUACCCGCUCCUUCGCUCUCCUUGAUCCCACUGCGUGGCUGGCUCGCCGGUUGGCGCUGCGUGGGCUCCACGUCGCCGUAUAGAGAGAGAGGCGAGCAGGGAAGCUCCCGGAAGCAGCCAGCCAGCCCUCCGUUGUGCGCAAGGAAGGGUUCGGCUGCAGCGGUGCCAGCACCGGCAGCGAGAGGCGCUUUCCCUCGCCUCUCCCUUCCUGAUACCCCGCUCGAAACCCCUGUUCCCCUUAGUACCUCGAAGAGGGGGCGCUGGACCAUCAGGAAAGGAAAAACUAAUCCCCGGGACUUGAAUUCGGAGAGAGGCAGAGAGAAACAGACAGAGAGAUCCACCCCCGGCGAGCAGAGGGCAGAUCCGACGGAGAGGAGGACCCGACGGCUCUCCUGCACCUGGCGCCUUGGACUAACGAGGAGUCUGGAAGCACAGGAUGGUGGUGGUUCUCCGAGCCGGCUGCCGGGCAGCUCUCUUCCUGUGGAUUUUCAGCAACAUCAGCUGCAGAGCCCGGACAGCUCUCCCGUCCUCCCAAAAAUGUGACGAGCCCUUGGUCUCCGGCCUUGCCCCCUCCUUCUUCAGCAGUUCAUCAUCUAUGCCAUCUGCAUCAAACAGCUAUGCACCGGGUUUCGCAAAGUUAAACAAACGAGGAGGGGCUGGAGGCUGGUGUCCAUCAGAUAGUGAUCACUACCAAUGGCUGCAAGUGGAUUUUGGCAAUAGGAAGCAGAUCAGCUCUAUUGCUACUCAAGGCAGAUACAGCAGCUCUGACUGGGUGACGCAGUACCGGAUGCUUUAUAGUGAUACAGGGAGAAACUGGAAGCCAUAUCACCAAGACGGAAAUGUCUGGGCAUUUCCUGGAAAUCUAAAUUCUGACAGUGUGGUCCGGCAUGAUUUACAGCAUCCAGUUAUUGCCCGCUAUGUACGGAUACUUCCUCUGGACUGGAGUGGAGAGGGUCAAAUUGGACUGAGGAUUGAAGUCUAUGGUUGUCCUUACUGGGCUGAUGUUAUCAAUUUUGAUGGCCACGUUGUAUUACCGUACAGAUUUGGUCACAAGAAGAAAACAUUGAAAACGCUGAAAGAUGUGAUCGCUUUGAAAUUUAAAACCUCUGAAAGUGAAGGUGUUAUCUUCCAUGGGGAAGGCCAGCAAGGGGACUAUAUCACCUUGGAACUGAAAAAAGCCAAACUGGUGCUUAAUUUAAAUUUAGGUAGCAACCAAUAUGGCUCAAUUUAUGGCCAUACGUCUGUGACAACAGGGAGCCUCUUGGAUGACCACCACUGGCAUUCUGUAGUGAUAGAGCGUCAUGGGAGGAACAUCAACCUCACGCUUGAUAGGCACCUGCAGCAUUUCCGGAUCAAUGGGGAAUUUGAUUACCUGGAUUUGGACUAUGAGAUCACGUUUGGUGGCAUGCCAUUUUCUGGGAAGCCAAGUUCAAACAGUAGAAAGAAUUUCAAAGGUUGCAUGGAGAGCAUAAUAUAUAAUACCAAUAAUAUCACAGAUAUGGCCAGGAGGAAGAAAUUGGAGCCUUCUAAUGUGGGGAAUUUAAGCUUCUCCUGUGUGGAGCCCCAUACAGUGCCCGUCUUUUUCAAUGCUACCAGUUUCCUGGAAGUGCCUGGCCGUCCAAAUCAGGAUAUGUUUUCAGUCAGCUUUCAAUUUCGGACUUGGAAUCCCAAUGGACUUCUGCUGUUCAGCAAUUUUGCUGAAGGACUGGGCGCCAUAGAGAUUGACCUGAUAGAAGGCAAAGUCAGUGUCCAUAUCAAUGUCACUGGAGUGAAGAAAAGUCAAGUAGACAUAUCUUCAGGGGCUGGACUCAAUGACGGGCAGUGGCAUGAGGUUCGGUUCUUAGCAAAGGAAAAUUUUGCAGUGCUCACCAUUGACGGUGAUGAAGCCUCUUCCGUUCGAAGUAACAGCCCUCUGAAAGUUUUGACAGGAGAGAAAUAUCUGUUUGGAGGUUUUCUUCAGCUCUCAUUCCAAGGCUGCAUGCAGCUUAUCCAUGUCGAUGAUCAGCUGGUGGAUUUGCAUGCAGUAGAACAAGGAAAGCUGGGAAGUUUCGCCAACGUCAGCAUUGAUAUGUGCGCUAUUAUUGAUCGGUGUGUGCCCAAUCACUGUGAGCACGGAGGCAAGUGCGCCCAGACGUGGGACAGCUUCUCUUGCAACUGUGAUGCGACCCGAUACAGUGGAGCCACAUGCCAUAACUCUAAUUAUGAACUCUCUUGUGAAGCAUAUAAACACUUGGGCAAACCAACAGGCUUCUACUGGAUAGAUCCAGAUGGCAGCGGCGCAUUGGGACCGUUGAAAGUGCACUGCAAUAUGACAGAGGACAAAGUGUGGACAACUGUGAAUCAUGAUUUGCAGGAACAAUCCCCAGUGGCGAGCAAGAAGCCAGAGAAGCACGCUUUGCUGCAGCUGAAUUACAGCGCCACCAUGGAUCAGAUCUCGGCCAUCACAAGCAGCGCCGAGUAUUGUGAGCAGUUCAUUUCCUACACCUGCAAAAUGUCAAGGCUGCUGAACACCCCAGAGGGCAGUCCAUAUACCUGGUGGUUUGGGCGUGCCAAUGAAAAACACUACUAUUGGGGAGGCUCUGGACCAGGCAUUCAGAAGUGUGCGUGUGGCAUUGAACGCAACUGCACUGAUUCCAAAUACCACUGCAACUGUGAUGCCGAUUCGAAAAAAGAGAGAAAAGAUGCUGGCCUCCUAUCUUACAAGGACCAUCUGCCUGUCAGUCAAGUAAUGGUUGGAGAUAUCGACCGGCCUGGCUCAGAAGCCAAGUUGACUGUGGGGCCCCUGAGAUGUCACGGAGACCAGAAUUAUUGGAACGCAGCCUCAUUUAUUACUCCAUCUUCAUAUCUCCACUUCUCCACCUUUCAAGGCGAAACUAGUGCUGACAUUUCUUUCUACUUCAAAACAUCAGCAGCUGAUGGAGUGUUUCUUGAAAAUCUGGGGAAUACAGACUUCAUCAAACUUGAGUUGAAAUCUGCAACAGAUGUCUCUUUUUCGUUUGAUGUUGGAAAUGGCCCUGUGGAGAUCAAUGUGAGGUCGCCUAGUCCACUCAAUGAUGACCAGUGGCAUUGGGUCACUGCGGAGCGGAAUGUCCAGGAGGCCAGCCUGCAGGUGGACCAGCUGCCCAAAGAGACCCGGAAGGCUCCCACGGAAGGACACACCCGCCUGGAGCUCUACAGCCAGCUCUACGUUGGUGCCGCAGGAGGACAGAAGGGGUUUCUGGGCUGCAUUCGCUCUUUGAGAAUGAACGGUUUGACUCUGGAUUUAGAAGAGAGAGCCAAAGUCACCCCUGGUGUGAAACCUGGGUGCUCCGGCCAUUGCACCAGCUUUGGGAUGUACUGCAAGAAUGGUGGCAAAUGCGUUGAAAAAUACCAUGGCUACUCCUGUGAUUGCUCUGGGACAGCAUACGACGGUCCAUACUGCAAAAAAGACGUGGGUGCUUUUUUUGAAGAGGGAAUGUGGCUCCGGUACAAUUUUUCAUCUGUGGGGAAUAAUGUGAAAGACUUAGGUAGCAGAACUCUCUUGAGCUCAAAGGAAACAGAGAACGCUGUGUCAGACCAGAGCCUGAAGAAAGAGGAGCUGAGCUUCAGCUUCAGCACUAACAAAGCCCCCUGCAUCCUCCUGUAUGUCAGCUCUUACUCCCAGGACUACAUGGCUGUGCUGGUGAAUCCCUCCGGAAACUUACAGAUUCGAUACAACCUUGGAAGCACCAAAGAGCCGUGUAUUAUUAAUGUAGAUCACAGGAACGUCUCAAAUGGACAACCACACAGCGUUAACAUAACACGCCAAGGAAGGUUUAUCAGUCUCCAGCUGGACCUCUACCCGGCCGUCACCUACACCCUGCCAGCAGCAUCAAGCCUUCAGUUCCACUCAUUGAAGUCACUCUUCCUAGGAAAAGUAAUAGAACUUGGAAAAAUUGACCAAGAGAUCCAUAAAUACAAUACCCCGGGAUUCUCUGGCUGCCUGUCCAGAGUCCAAUUCAACCAGAUUUCCCCGCUCAAGGCAGCUUUGAGAGCCACAAACAUCUCCUCUCACAUCCACACAGAAGGAGAACUUGUGGAAUCCAACUGUGGUGCAAACCCACAAACCAUCCAACCAAUGUCUUCCGCAACGGAUCCGUGGCAUUCCGAUUCAGGUGCCGAUCUUCCUUACAAUGGUCAAGUGAUUGGAGGUGGUGUUAACAGGAAUUCAGCCAUUAUUGGAGGUGUCAUUGCUGUUGUGAUCUUCACCAUCCUCUGCACCCUUGUCUUCCUCAUUCGCUACAUGUUCCGCCACAAGGGAACUUACCACACCAAUGAAGCCAAGGGGGCAGAAUCGGCAGAGAGCGCUGACGCAGCCAUUAUGGGCAACGACCCCAAUUUUACUGAGACCAUUGACGAAAGCAAAAAGGAGUGGCUGAUCUGAAACUGGAAGCAGAAAGAAAAGCCGACGGCUGG